AACUAUCACAAAUUUUGCUUUAAGGUUUCUUAACUGAUGUGAGAGGUGAAGCUAUGGGCUACAGCGCAGGAAAUUAAAGUUAAACCCCAGAUUUGAGAGCAAAUGAAAAAGGUUUAAAUUUAGGCUAAUGGCUUAUAUAAAAAAAUUUCAAACUAUGCUGAAACUCAAAUAUACAACCGCAGAUAUACAUUAAGAACUCUGCAAGUGCGCUAACAACUAGAAAUCCUUAAAUACAGAGAGAGCUUAUUUAGUGCGAUAUACUCAACUUAUGAAAAGUUUCCAACAAUUAAGUUAAUUGUAUGAAUAAAUGGAAAUAAAUUAAACCGAAUAUACGUAUGCAUAAAGAAGAAAUUAAAUAAUGAAGUGCUUUAAACAGUGUGCAAAAACAACAACAUAAAACCAAUAAUUACAUAUAAAGUGCCAAAAAUGAGACACAAGAAAAACGAAGCAAAACUUGUAUAAAACUGCUGAUUCUCAACGAGCGUCUAUUGUAUAUAAAGAAAGGCAAAAUUAUUGGAGCUGCAAGGGGAACGGACUGAAAGUUCACGGCGUGGCAGAAAAAUUAGCAACGCUUAAAAAAAAGUGAAUUAUGCACCGCAAGUGAAUAGCAAAUGCCUAAACUAACUGAAAACUUUCAAAUAGCGAAGAAAUUGAAAAAAAAAAUAUAUAUAUGUACAUAUUUUUGUGUUAUCUAAUAUUAAAAAUUUUUUAGUGGAAAAGUGCAAUUUGUAUAUGCAAACUAACGCGCAAAGUAAUGAAAAGUGCAAGUAAGGCAAACAAAUUUGGAUAAAAACAAAAAAAUUAAAUUUUACUGGGUAAAAAAAUUUCCAAAUACGAAAAAUGGCGUACUAGCUGAGCAAAAAAGUAUACCAGCAGCAAAAGGAAAUCGAAGAAAUGGAAAAAACUAAUUUCUGCGUUUACAAAACGGCAUAACUGUGCAAAAAUAUUUUGCUUUAAACAAAAAACUUAGGUUAAUUAAGGUAAACAACAUAACGGAGCCAAAAAAGUGUUUGUGAAAAAACAUAAAAUUAAAUCUGAGUGCAGCAAAAAGCAAUAAAAUGCUGAACCUAUUUUUUAAAACAAAAAAACCUAAUUUUAGUAGAGUAAAAGUGCGGCAAAGUGAGCGUAAAGAGCAUUAGAACAACAAUAACAAUUCAAAACAGCUGUUACAACAACAAAAUUGUGUAAAAAAUCAAAAGCAAGUAUGUAAAUAAACGAAAGUAUGUAAAUAAAAUUAAUAAGAAUUUGGAAAAAUUUAUAAAAAUUAUAAUUCAACCACAAACAGCUGCAAAAACUCACUUUAGUUGCCGCAGAAUUGCCGUUUACAUUUGUGCAACAAAGAUUUUCCAAAAGAAGUGUAAAAUUUAAAAAGAAAUCUUUUUUUUUUUAAGCAGCAGCAGGGAGCACGCGUCAGGCUAGCGCUAAAAAGAAGUGAAGCAAACAAGCGGAAGCAGGCGCUGAAAGUAAAAAUAUAGAAAUUCUUAAAGCUAAGUAAAUUUUUUGAAAAGCGCUUGAGCGGCUUUGCAGUCGAGCAGUAGAAACGCGCGGCCUAGAGCAACAUUCCGAGGGCUCUGAUUUUGAUUUAAGAAGGAGAACAAAUUUUUGUGGUCUAAGGUGGCACUGAAAGUUUGCGCCCUCCUGCUCCAAGCUGCUCCGUGAAUUUGCUAGUGCGGCGCGCCUAAUUUUGUUUUAGCGCUUUUUGCCUACGCUGUUGCUAGAAACGUGUAAUGUAAUGAGAUACGACGUUCAAGAGUUGCUUCAUCAGUCUGCUGAGGAUCCAUUCGCUCGAUUCGCAAAUGGGAUGGCAUAUCAUCCAUUUCUGCAGCUCUCCCGACCCACUGACUUCAGCGUGUCGUCGCUGUUGACGGCCGGCACGCAACAAGCACAACAGGCUAGCACCGCUACCGCUACCGCCGCCGCUGCAGCAGCCGCAGCCGCAGCAGCCGCCGCGGCAGCUGGUGAUUUGAGCAUUGGUGGCGGAGGUGGCAACGCGAAUACCGUAUUGAGUGCGGCUACCUCACCCGCACAGCCACAUCAAGCGCAUCAGCAACAGCAACCGCCAAAUACACCCACAAGCGCUGCGGCAUUAUUGCAACAACAGCAAUUGCAAUUGCAACAGCAGCAGCAUCAUCAGCAACAACAGUUACUUUGCGGUGCUGGUCAAGCCUCACCGGUUGGUGGUCAACAGCCGCCACUGCUAUCGCCUGGCAGCAAUAAUAAUAACAACAAUAGUAGUAGCAAUAGUAUCGGCAGCAAGUCGAGUAGCAAUAGUAACAACAAUAACCGCCACACGCCCACCAACACCUCCAACACAAAUAACAACAACAACGAUCCUCAGAGCAGCAACAAUAAUUUGUCGUCGCACGCGCACGCGCACGCGCAUCCACAGCCACAGCAACAGCAACAACAACAGUCACUAGCUCAUCCAGCGUCACAUUUAACCUCGCCACAUUUGUCGCCGCAUCAGCAGGCGCCACCACCGCCACUGCCGCACGCGACGCAUCCGCACGCCCAUCCCGCACAACCGCCAGCGCCGCACCAGCAUCCGCAUCACUCGCCGGUGCCGGGCCAUCACGCUUUGGGACCACACCUGCCGCAACAGCCGUACUUUCCAGCGGCCGCGUUAGCAGCGCUCGCCGGCAGUCCAGCGGGUCCACAUCACGGUCUCUAUCCCGCCGGUCUGCGUUUCCCGCCACAUCAUCCGCACGCCCAUCAUCCGUUGGGCACACCCUACACCACCGCCGAGGACGUGGUGCUCGCAUCGGCUGUGGCGCAUCAGUUGCAUCCGGCGAUGAGACCGUUGCGUGCGCUACAACCGGAGGACGAUGGCGUCGUCGACGAUCCGAAAGUGACGCUGGAGGGCAAGGAUCUGUGGGAAAAGUUUCACAAGCUGGGCACGGAAAUGGUGAUCACCAAGAGUGGACGGCAAAUGUUUCCUCAAAUGAAAUUUCGCGUAUCGGGCCUGGACGCCAAGGCGAAAUAUAUUUUGCUCUUGGACAUAGUCGCUGCGGACGAUUACCGUUACAAGUUUCAUAAUAGCCGUUGGAUGAUCGCCGGCAAAGCGGAUCCAGAAAUGCCAAAACGCAUGUACAUCCACCCCGAUUCGCCAACAACCGGCGAACAGUGGAUGCAGAAGGUCGUCUCAUUUCACAAAUUAAAAUUGACCAACAAUAUUAGUGAUAAACAUGGAUUUGUAAGUACUACGAUACUCAAUUCAAUGCAUAAAUACCAGCCACGUUUCCAUUUGGUGCGAGCCAAUGAUAUACUCAAGCUGCCGUAUUCGACAUUUCGGACGUAUGUUUUCAAGGAGACCGAAUUUAUAGCCGUUACAGCAUAUCAAAAUGAGAAGAUUACUCAAUUAAAAAUCGAUAACAAUCCCUUUGCGAAGGGCUUUCGUGAUACCGGCGCUGGCAAGCGGGAAAAGAAUUGUUACAGGCAGGCGCUCAUGUCGAAUCGCGGGUCCGAUUCGGACAAACUAAAUCCAACACAUGUUAGCAGUUCACGUGCGCCGCUGCAUUUGGGCCAUACCGGGCGACCACCGCAUCAUCUGCAUUCGCAUGCGGCGCUACACGACAAUCAGGCGGACGACGAGGAUAAGCUAUUGGACGUGGUCGGACCGCCGCAGAGUCCACUAUUGCCUUUGAGUCAUUCGUUGCAGCAGAUGCAUGCGCAUCAGCAAUCCGCCCUUGCAGCCUGGUUCAACCACUUGGCCGGUGCCGGCGAUCAUGCGAACGAAGAAGCUCUACGUCGUCGCCUACAAUCGGACGAUAUCGAACGUGAUGGCAGCGAUUCCAGCUGUUCGGAGAGUGUGGGCGGCAGCACGGGUGGCGCCUUUCGACCCACCUCCUCGGGCAGUCCGAAAGAGAGUGCCGCUGGCGGCUUGAAUGCUGCUGGCGCCUACCCAUCACCGAACAUCUCAGUGGGCCCACCGAUACACCCGUCGCCGCACUUAUUGCCUUACCUCUAUCCGCAUGGCCUCUACCCGCCACCACAUCUUGGUCUGCUGCAUAAUCCGGCAGCUGCGGCGGCCGCCAUGAAUCCGGCCAGCCUCAAUCCGGGCUUGCUGUUCAAUGCGCAACUGGCGCUCGCCGCUCAACAUCCCGCCUUAUUUGGACACUACUCAGGACACACGCCUGUCUCGCCGCUGCAGGGACUCAAGGGACAUCGCUUUUCACCGUACAGCCUGCCUGGCAGUUUGGGUUCUGCAUUCGAUGCUGUUACGCCUGGUUCGAAUGCGAAUCGUGGCGGACCGCCGGGUGCGGGUGAUGCCUCAGCGCUGGGGCCUGGCAGCAGCGGACCCGGUAGUAGUGUAGAAAAUGGACCACGCAGUCUAAGCUCCAGUCCACGACCACGUGCCUCAUCCAAUUCGCCACCAACGCGACCCAUUUCCAUGUCGCCGACGACGCCACCAUCGCUGUUGAAGCGUCAAAAUUCACCCUCAGAGCUGAAGAGUAUCGAGAAAAUGGUCAAUGGACUGGAAGUGCAACAUAAUGGCAGCGGUGGUGGUGCUGGCGUGGGCAUGGGCAUUGGCAUUGGUGCGCUGGUGAGUGGCGCCUUGGAGGAGCUGCAACGCAAGACGCCAACACAAGUGGAUCAGUGACAUUUGUUUGAUCGAGACGAUAACGACCGUUCGUCCGUCAUCGAUCUCGACGAUGUGUGACCGCAAGAGCAGGUUUUCCUGUUACUUUAGUGGGCUCGCUGCACUGGUGGAGCCUAUGCGGUGAUUAACGCGGCGAUGAAGAAGCUAAGAAAUAUGGGCAGCUAUUACGUAUGUCAAUUGCUUGUGGUGUAACACAGCUACGAACUACUAGCACUGCUGGAGGCAGACAGAGCAUGGCUCAACGCCAGCGCACAUUGUCUUGUCGUGUAUAUACAAAAAAGUACACAGCUAGUUUAAGUAGUAUGUUAAAUAUGCUUAAAUGGA